UGCUGUUUACGUUUUUCAUUGCGCGGGAAAUGCGCACACGUGGGUUGCAUAACAUGUGUCAACUGGAGUUGGAGAUGGUAAUUGAAAUGUUCUGCAGUUUUGUGAUCAGAUGAUCAUCAGACGCUUUUGUGCUGCAAUAUCGCGCUUUGAUCGUCGAUUUCGUGAAUGCUGUAUCUGUCAGACGAUGAAGAGGAAACGAAAAUCAGCUCGGUCCUCCGGUGAAGUUUGUGGCGUGGAAGAAUCGUCGAAUUCAACCGAAGGCGAGGACGAAAAGAACAGCCAAUGUGGUGCCGAUUUCGGUACCGUAGACAAAUCUCACACCCAAAAGAAAAGAAAGAUGCGAGAUCAUGGAGAUACAAGCACUGAAGACAAAGUUGACCAUCCCAACCCAUUUCAUUUCUUCACUGAAGAGAAAGACGUGAGGCAGUUCCGACAGGAUCUGUUGCAGUGGUAUGAUGCAAACAAGCGAGACCUUCCGUGGAGAAAAUGGGCAAAUCAUCCGGAUCCCGACCAGCGAGCCUACGGAGUCUGGGUUUCAGAGAUCAUGUUGCAACAGACCCAAGUAGCCACAGUCAUAGACUACUACAACAGAUGGAUGGCGAAAUGGCCCACUCUAGAAGACAUUGCACGUUCUGCAACACCAGAGGAAGUGAACGAGAUGUGGGCGGGGCUAGGUUACUAUUCUAGGGGGAGGAGAUUGUACGAGGGAGCCAAGAAGGUCAUGGAGGAGCUGUCUGGCAAGAUGCCAAGAAAUGCGGAAUCACUCAUGAAACAACUGCCGGGGGUGGGACGGUACACGGCGGGGGCAAUAGCCUCCAUUGCAUUCAAAGAGCCCACUGGAGUUGUUGACGGCAAUGUCAUCCGAGUGUUUUGCAGAGCUAGGGCCAUCGGGGCCGACUCCACGAGCCAAACGGUCCAGACUGCUAUUUGGUCCCUGGCCAAUGCCUUGGUCGACGCGGAGCGCCCGGGUGAUUUCAACCAAGCAUUGAUGGAACUCGGCGCGACAGUGUGUACACCGAAAGCGCCCUCUUGUGACAAGUGCCCAAUCAGGAAUCGCUGCAGGGCUUUUCAGCAUGAAGAAAAAUUGAAGAGAGCCAAAAAAGAGGGGCUUGAGAAAAAUAUUGCCGGGAAAGGCACAGCCAAAUCAUAUACACUGCCAGACAUUGAGUGCGCUGCCGACAACUGUCAACUUUGCAUACCAGCGGACAGCGAGUGGGACAUCGAACAAGGGGUCAUGAACUUCCCCCGUAAACCCAAAAAGACCCCAAGACAAGAGAAGACCGCUGUCUGCAUCGUUCAGAAAAAGUGCAAAGAUGGAGUAACGUCAGAGUUUCUUCUCGUCCAGAGGCCUGAAAAAGGCUUGCUGGCUGGAUUGUGGGAAUUCCCCAGCGUGAAGACGGACGAUCAUUGGUUGGCCGUCCAGAGGGUGAAAGCCAUCGAUGACUAUCUUUCAGACGGACUCGGAAUGAGGCUAGCCGAGAAACACGACAGACACGCAAUAGGAGAGGUGGUUCACAUUUUCUCACACAUCGAGCAGACCUACUGUGUUGAGACAUUCAGCGUAAUUGAAAAUGACGUCUUAGAACAGACUACGGACAGCAGUCAACGGUACAGGUGGCUUACGGCCGAAGAAUUCGCGACGGCGGCUGUUUCCACGGCGAUGAAAAAAUGCUUUGGUGCUUAUCAGAAAUGGAUCAAUCCUCCGAAGGUAACUCAGAAGAAAAUCAAAUUUGAUUCCAGCGGCACAGGAGACAGUAAAAAGCAGUCAGCACUGGACACUUUCUUCAAACCAGUGCCCAAGAAAAAAAGAUGACCAAGGUUGAAAUCGAACCUCGGACGAACAACUCGCCUGUCGUCAGUGGAUGGAAAAAGGUCACACAAUAAAUUUAAAUAAAAAAAAAAUUAUACUUGUUUAUUACAAACGACCUGUUUUUGUGAAGUCUUUCCUUAAGGCUACAUCUUUUUAACCAUGUUCCAACUGACCUUCUGAAAGGGCUGUGCUGAAUAUUUGAAUAUUCGGUCAAAUUCAAGGUUGAAUAUUUGAAUAGUCAAUUAUUCGAACUGACUCAGCCCUACCUUUUGACUCAGAAACCCUGUAGUGUACAGAUUUUAUCAAACAUCUUUUCAUCUAAAUCAAUCUUUCCAAAUUAAUUAUUAAUAUUCUUUGAACUGCAGCCUAAAAAUAAGUAGUUUGUUUAUGAAGGUUAAUCACUGAGAUACAAAUGUAAAUAUUGUUGGUGUUUUUUUAACUUGAAGGUGUCUUCGGGAGACAUGUCCACAUUUUGACAAAAAGCAACUACGCAUUCUAACAGGUAGGCCUAAUGAAUUAAGUAUAACUUGUAUUUAGGGAAAUUGGCAUCGAGCUGUAUGAUUAUUUUGGUAUUGCAACAGCAGACUCAGUAAGAAGUUUAAUUGCAAAUUAUCAUAUUUAGAAAAUCAUUUUCUUAAGCGAGUUUUGUCGUGUAUGCAACAUUUAAAUUAAACUGUACUGAUCUGUAACGUAUCUGUGCCGUCAUAAGCUAAGAUAUAACAGGCAAACUCGAUCAUUACAUAUGGAAAAUUCUUUUGGGUUUAACGUCUCAA